GAGAAAUGUCAAGGGGGAAUAAUAUUUGAAGCAUAAACUCUUUUGAGGGGGUCGAACCGUUAUAAACAAACCAAUACACCUUAAUUUUGUUAUACUCUCUCUCAAAGUCUUCGAUUUUUUCUUCUUUAAUUAUUAGAUCUGAUAGGGGAAAAAUUCUUGCGUAUCAGAUUUCUCGAAGGAGAUCGAGUUGGAAGCUUGACAUGGAAUCUAGAAGUGGAAGUGAGUCUGAUCAGGCUAAGAAGGCCGGCGGUGGAUAUGGCCAGAUUCCGGCAAUGACGGCGUCUUCUUUCCAGCCUCCGGCGGAUCUGCAGCCGUGGCUAUCACAAUAUGAUCAACUGCUGGAGCAGGUUAAAUUACGGCACCAACAACUGCAGCAGCAUCCCAACAGAAUCACAUAGUCCAAGAGAAGACCAAGAAAAACUUGGCUACAGCCAAACAGACCACUAACAUUGAAAUUCUGAACACCAUUGCUGCAACUUCUUCUGUGUCCACCAUGCAACCGGGUCAUCUUGUUAACCCAGGUGCUUCAUCUUCCAGUGGCCAUUCUUCUUCCCUGCCGGCAUUCGAUCAAUUGAAAAUCAAUUUGCAGCAGGUAACCACCCCGGCGAAACCAAAUCCCGGUCGAAUAAACAGAAGUCAACGUGUGCAACAGCAGAUAGCUCUUAGGCAGCAGAUAGCUCUUCAGCGUGACAAAUUAUCCAGAGCAAUGAAUCGAUCGAAUCAGUCGUCCAUGAUGGCAGCAGGACAAAAUGCCAACCACCAACCAGUUAGUUCAUUCCCAAUGGUGGCAAAUAAUAGUUCUCCGGUUGAUAAAUCCGGUAUUCAAAUUCAAUAUGGUUCCGGCAAGCAGUCUAGCUCAGCUCCGGCCUCCGCUUCUGCAACUGGUGGUUACCGGGGGAAUCCACAAUCACUCCUGCAUUCUCAGACGAAAUUCGUGCAGAAUCAAAUGCCAAUGCCAAGGCAGGAACAAGUUGCACAGAGAAGACAAACCAUGUCUUCAAAUCCUCUGUUUCCUCCUAUAACACAACACAUUUCACCAAAUUCUUCAUCUGUAGCGAAAGGUGCUCAAAUAGGUUGGGAUGAGACUCAGCAGAUCCAACAUGUUAGAAAUCCCUCUACAUCCCAGCAAUCAUUACUGGUUAAAACUUCUGACGGGGUGUCUGGAAAUCCCUCCACGUCUUGCACUAAAAUAGUGAAGCAAACACCAGAGGAUUUAGCGGAAGAAGCAACACAGUUGUCGUGGUUUGUUGCCCGGAAUGAUUAUCUGGAGAAAAAAGUUUAUCGGUUUGAAACUGAGUUGUCUCAGCUUGUUUCCCGCAAUGCUUAUCUAGAGAAAAGAGUUUCUCGGUUGGAUACUCAGUUGUCGCAGCUUGUUUCCUGCAAUGCUUAUCUGGAGAAAGUUGGCAAGAUGAAAAAGGCCGAACCAAGCUCUGUUUUGGGCAAGAAGUUGGCUAAAAUUCAGUCAAUCAAACAGCAGAGCUCAUCCAAGGUGGAAGCUGAAAGUAAUUAUAAGACUCCUCCGGUAUCUAAUCUACAAAGUGAAUCAGAGGCAAACAAGGAAGAAGCUGAAAAUAACGUGAAAGAGACCGAUCCCGGAGUUGAUUUGGGCAAGAAGAUGGAUACUACUCAGCCAAUCAAACAACAGAGCUCUCCAGCAAGUAACCUGCCAAAAAGUGAAGCAGAGGUAAAAGAAGAGGAGGUUGACAAGAAUGCGAAAGAGACCGAUCCCGGCUCUUGAUUUUGGCAAGAGGUUCGAUAUUACGCCAUCAAUGAAACAGCAUUGUACAUUACAGCAAGGUUUUGCAAGUGAUGAUGAUAUUGGUGUUACUUCAGAAAGUAAUCUGCAAAGUAGUGAAGCAGAGGCAAAUAAGGAGGUCAAUGAAAAGGAGGAGGAGUUUUCUGAUCCAAAAGAAUGGGACUUACAGGAUCUUGAUGGAUCAGGUGAAAAAUCUGGCGGAGAUUCCAUAGGUGAAGAUGACAAAUCGGAGGAGUGGGUUCUUUUGAGUUUUGAAAGACGAUUAGAUCGUUAGAUGUCCUUUCUUAUGAACUUAGCAUCUCUUUAAUCCUUCCUUCCCGCACAAUAAAAAAUUUGUUAGUUGAAUCUUACUAGUUAUAUUUUGGAACGGGAAAAGUGUAGAGUUAAUUUUACUCCUUUUCGUCCCGAAAUGAUUAUCAGGUUGGAAUUUCAUUUUAGUUCAUAUUGUAACAAACUAGAUAAUUAUUUUGGAGGGAGUAAGAGUUUCAAAUUCUAUGAUUUUUUUUAGCUGUUAUGGUAAACAGUACACUGGCUAGUUUCCAUGACUACAUAAAGGAUACAUAAAAGCAACUGAUAGUUUC